UUAUUGUCAUAAACCAAGACACAAAAACAAACAAAGGUUCGAAUUGGUGGGAAAACAAGCAAAAGGAAAAAAAUGUUGUCAAGUCUUCAACUAGACUCCACUGACAGAAUCAUCCUCUCUUUGAGACUUACUUCUCUGCUAAUAAUUUUCCUCUCCUCUUCACCUCUUCAUGCUCAUGGCAACCCUUCAAGAACCCACAUCUUCAUCUACGCAGGCUGCUCUCAAGAAAAGUACCAACCAAGUUCACCCUUUGAAGCCAACCUCAACACCUUCCUCUCCUCAGUAGUGAGCUCAUCAUCUGAAAUCACUUACAAUACCUUCGCCGUCGGAAAUGGAACCGGUUCAACACCGCCAGAAGGAACAGUUUAUGGCUUAUACCAGUGCAGAGGUGACUUGCACCCAAUUGACUGCUCAAAGUGUGUUGGAAGAUCAGUUAACCAAAUCAACUUAGUUUGUCCCUAUGCACUUGGUGCUUCUCUUCAGCUUGAAGGCUGUUUACUAAGAUAUGAGCACAGUGGUGAUUUCCUUGGGAAAUUGGACACUGGCAUUAAGUUCAGGAAGUGUAGUAAGUCUGUGACUAGUGAUGUUGAGUUCUUCCGGCGACGUGAUGAUGUUCUUGCAGACUUGCAAACGGCGAGUGGAUUUAGAGUUAGUAGUUCAGGGCUUGUUCAAGGGUAUGCACAGUGUUUGGGUGAUUUAACUGUUUCAGAUUGUUCAUCUUGUUUGGUCGAUGCUGUGGGGAAGCUGAAGAGCUUGUGUGGUUCAGCUGCUGCUGCUGAUGUGUUCUUGGGACAGUGUUAUGCGAGGUACUGGGCUUCUGGAUACUAUGAUGAACUAGAUUCCUCCAACAAUGAUGAUGUGGGGAAAUCGGUUGCUAUUAUUGUGGGAGUAUUUGGAGGUCUAGCCAUUCUAGUUGUUCUUCUCUCAAUUUGCAAAAAAGCAGCGGAAUGUAUUCCAGCAAAGCAAGUACAAGUGGUCUUGCAGCAGGGGUUUUGGUUCGCGUCCUCUUGUACCUCCUAGCCUCUUGGCGGGAUCACAAGAUGUUGUGAUGGGAGGCUCUUUGAGCAUAUUUUUUCUUCUCUUGGUUAGUUUCUGACUUUUGGGGGUUUGGGGGAUGUUGAUGUUAGGUGUAAGAGAAGAGUUCUGAUGUUAGAUCCCUUACACUAUACUCACAAAUCACUCACCAACACAGCCCUCACAUUAAAAGUGAAAUCAAACACACAAAUCUUCUAAAUAAAAGUGACUCAUAUAUCCUUUAUGGGGUUGUCUAAAUGA